AACAAAAGCGUCUUUGACAACACUAUGUAAUGUAGAAACACGUGAAAGAUUUAACGUUGACAGGAUGUCAAAACAACCCAUAACAAUACAAGAUUCCAUCACGGUGGAGACAACCUUCGGGGAACACGUCAUAGAGCUGUGUUAUGGCGACAUUACAGAACUUCCGGUGGAGGAGAAGAUGGACAUCGUCAUGGUUUCCGCUUUUAUUGGCGACUAUUCCCCGGUGCAUAGAACUUUAAUAGGAGCACUCCAUCACAAUCUGGAUAUAUCCGUGCGUGAACUGGCCAGAGACAAAGACAUGGACCUCCGUGUUCACUACUCGUGCUGGAUUUCCAAACCUUUACCCACGGGCAAACCAUUUGGUCGGGUGUUGUGUUUUGAAAAAACCAGGGGUAGCAGUGAUGAUUCACUCACUCGACAAAUCAGAGACAUGUUCAAAGUUUUGGUCCCGGUCCUAAAAAACCAGAGCACGACAAUCAUUACACCUCUUCUUGCGACAGGAUGCCAGCGCUCAGACAAGAAUAUAGUACUAGAUGCGACAGUUCAGGGGGCCAUCAGUUGGAUCCAGGCGGGACUUCCACUGAAAAAGUUAAAAAUAAUCGUGUUUGGCGGGAAAGAUGAUGGUCUCAACAAGUGUUUCUCUAGUUUAAAAGAAAAACAUUUGAAGGCGAAUAGAAAACAGAAGAAGAAUAAUCCUUCUUAUGAUAUAUUUCUUGUUUACCAACCAAGUGAUAUUCCUUUGGUGAAAACCUUGUCCAAGAAUCUUAGCAACCGGAAUAAAGAUUUAAAUAUAUACUCUAACGCCACAAAGUUUAAUGAAAAAGAAGUAUGGCAGCAAGGAAUCUUUGAUCUUAUGAUGGGAAGUAAAAGAAUUGUCCCAGUACUGACCUGUAAUUUCGUUCAGAGUGGAGAGUGUUUGGAGAUGUUCAAUAUGGCGAUCUGCUGUACACGUCGCCGUGGGAAGGAUUUUCUGGUCCCGUUGUAUUUCGAGACAAUUCAGAUUAUUCCAGUCAGCAUUAGUCUGGUUCAGUUUCUCGAUUGCAGGGUGCGAAAAGAGGGUGAUACCGCUGAAGGGAAAAUGGAGGCCGCAUGUGUUCAACUUAUGUUAACAGAGCCAAAAGAGGAGGAAAAGGACGAUAGCAAGAAAGAAGACCAAUUCAAGGAUGACGUCUUCAUUUCAUACGCCCACAAAAAUCCCACUGAAGCGCAUUCAUUACUUGAGGAAUUUGAAAAACAGUUUCCAGAACUUGAUGUUUUCUUUGAUAGACAGGAUCUACAAGUCGGUGGUUUGUGGCAGAAGAGUCUAUAUUACUCCCUGGACUCGGUGAAAUGUGUUAUCGCCCUUGUAUCACAGAGUUAUCUGUCGUCUGUGGUUUGUCAAGAAGAAUUCAAUAUCGCUUUGUAUCGAUGUCACAAAACGCCAGGGGAAGUUCUUCUCUUUCUCGUUUGCAUCGAGGAUCUGCUGUCUGUUCCUGAAGUCUACUGUGAACAUAAACUGAUAGACGGUCGAGGAAACCAGUACAAUAAACUGGUCCCAAAUCUUGUCAAGGAUGUAGCAGAUUGGGUUCUAGAAAAGAAAAGGCCAAAGUAUCUUCCUAAUAUAUCAACAAAGGUAACUCUAAUUAAUCACAACAGAACAUAAUUUUACCUUUAAUCUUUGUCAGAAAAUAGAAAAAAAGAAAUUUACGACAAUUACAACGUGAAAAUAAAUAGCAUCGAGAGAAAAGUUCCUUAUGAUAUGAAACCCCUAGACCAGUCAUUAUGUCACGUGGUGGUUAGUGUCAGUCAGAAUGACCUCAGCUUGGCCACAAGUUUGUUGUUUCAGCUUCAGAAAAUUAGUCCGGACAUCAAGAUAGUUCUUAUCAGCGAUAAUACAGGAAUGGACUUGAAGUGCUUACAGACAGCUCAAAAGAUUGUUGUUUUCAUAUCAAAACAGUACCUAGAGUCAAAGCAUCACUUGGAAGAACUUUUAAUUGCAAUCAUCCGCCAGCGGAGUGAUAAAGAGAGGAAGGUGUUAUACGUCUGUCAGACCACAAAAGUAGAGAAACCGGCCUUUGCAAAUUUAUUACCAGUAGAUGUGUGUUUGUGGGAUGAGUUUUGGGAGAAUAUGUUCGAAGAAUCAAGUAAAACAGUCAAGCUGGAUAUUAUGGAAUUGAGAGGGUCAUUCUCGUACAAAUCGCAAGACUUUGCAGCCAUGACCAAAUUAGCAGAUGACAUAUUGCUUGAAUUGGCAGGUCACACACAGUCUAAACCAUCACCAAUCAUUGCAAAAGCAAGGAAAGAAAACUCAGAUGUGAUGCUUGAAUUGCAGAAGUGCCUUUUAAAAUUGGAACUUCCCUCCAAGAAACAGGGGACAAAUUCAUCAAAUGCUGUUUCCAGAUCCCCAAAAGAAAGCAGCUUGUCUAAAGAAAGAACAGAAAAUGGCCCAGAACCUCCCACUUCAGAAGACAGCCAACCCAGUAAAUCGAAAGAAAAGACUAAUGACGAACCAAAAUCAGAAACUCCCACUUCACAAAGUAACCAACUAAACCAGUCAGGAUCAAAUUCUAGAUCUAAAAGUGCUCCGACAAACAAUGGAAACAAAUCUUCAUCAUGCAAUAUUCUCUAGACAUUAAAAUCAUGUCAAUUUCUCUCUCUCUCUCUCUCUCUCUCUCUCUCUCUCUGUGUGUGAUUCCUUUUAAUUUUUACAAUUUUUAUUAUUUUUGUCAUGAUUAAAACUUCAUAAAUAUGUUACAUGUAAUAACGAUAUGAUACAUGUGUAUGUAUGAAUGUUGAUUUUGAGAUGUAAUAAGAAGACAAUGAAAUGUAUUUUCCUGUGUUAAGUACAAUAUAUGGGCUAAAAGAAGCAUUUUGUAAAGUAACACGGGUACC